AUGUGUCCUUGUGCAGUCCCAGUAUUGCUAGUGCCUAAGAAAGAGAACACAUGGCGUAUGUGUGUUGAUAGUAGGGCAAUCAACAAAAUUACUGUCAAAUACAGAUUUCCAAUACCGUGGUUGGAAGACGUGAUGGAUGUGUUGGAGGGUUCUAAGGUGUUUUCGAAGAAAAACCUUCAAAGUGGUUACCCUCAGAUUCACAUCAAGCCGGGUGAUGAGUGGAAAACUACGUUCAAAAGCAAGGAUGGCUUGUACGAGUUGAUGGUGAUGCCUUUUGUGGAGGGUGGUGGUCAUGGGGGAAUGGGAGGAGAAGAACCAAGAGGAGAGGGGGGUGGAUUGGGUUUGGGGGAUGAAAAUACAGAAGAGGAAGGUGGGGGGAAGGGUCUGUGUUGGUGGGGGAUUGGUCUGGGAGUAAAGGAUGGUGGUCAUGGGGGAAUGGGAGGAGGAAGGGAGGAGAUGGAAGGGUUUGGCAUUAGCACCAUUACUGCACUCAUCACUGAGUGUUUGAAGCAAGGAAAGUUCCAGUGGGGUGAUGAUGGGAGCACUACUUGGUGCAACAAGAAUUUGUACUCUAUACAAAUCACCAGCCCUGAAAUUCCUCAACAGUCAGAAAUCCGUGAGCAAGAUGCAUAUAAGGUGGAGUACCUUCCUGCAAAAAUUCCCUUUUGUGAUUAA